UGAUUGGAUAAAAAGUUAAUUUAGGGCGUGACGUCACACGGUCGGUUGAACGAAGAAGGAAAGAGGCCAACUUCCGGUAUGGUGCGUGCUGUUGAAUAGGGACCACAGGACAUAACUGCCAGGAAAAUGCGAUAGGCUGUUGUCAUAACUGAAAGAGAAAUUAAAACACAACACAUCUCAGUGCUAUCUUUACGACUUUGGAAUAGAUAUGGCAUAUGGUCAUAUGGCUUAAGGGCUUUGAGACGGAAGCAAUCGGGUUCGCUGAUCAGUCAUUGAACGAUCGGGAUUAGGGAGCGCGGCUGAACAUGGGAACGAGAUCGAGCCGUUUACACGAGGAGGCUUCCGCCACAGCUUUCGAUAAAGAUGGCAUCAAGAGAGAGUCCUGUCGACGGAUCCGAAGCACCAGGCCCACUAGCCUCAUGGUGGAGUUCUCCGGCAGCUUCGACCAUGACUCAGAGACGAACCGCAGCCGGUCGGAAGAGGGCAGCGACUCGGACACCGGGCAGCAGGCGAGCAGCGACGGCAGCCCCGCCGACAGCCACAUGUCCCCGUCUCUGAGCAGCCAGGCCUCGCCGACGGACGAGAACGGGGCCGAGGAGAAACGCGAGGAGGAUGGCAGUCCGGGAGGCCCUGUGAGCGCGGAGGAAAUAGGCCGUGCACCGCAGCGCACUUUCUCGGAGCGUUUGCCCGGUGGUCGCCAUUCCUCGGCCGGCGGUGUCACGGCCAGGUCCGCCCGGGUGAGGGGCACUCACGCCCGGCCAGUGUCUGAGGCGUGGAUCGGCCUCUACAGGGUCAACAACCGCCACGGUGCUAUUCGUUGUCCCUUCUGCACCAAGCCGUUUCCUGGAGGGCGAAUCGAGGACCAUCUUUUAAGUUGUUUGACUUCUCCACCUCUCCCUUAUAACACUGAUGUGCUAGCUAAGGACAGUGGAGAGUGUUCGAUUUGUCUUGAAGACCUGCUACAGGGGGAAACCAUUGCUCGACUGGCCUGCCUGUGUGUCUACCAUAAGAGCUGCAUUGACACAUGGACCAAAGUGAAGCCGUGCUGCCCUGAGCAUCCUUUUGAUUGAUUCAUGUGUUGUUGUGCAAUGACACUUUGACUCAGGAGACAAAACCCCCUGGCAGGAGCAUAUUUUCUGAUGAGAGGAUUGAGAGAAAGACACAAAGGAACAAAAACAAAUAACAAGCAUCAUCACUUGUGGUCAGCUUAAUCGGUCUGGCUCUGAGUGCGCCUGGCUUUAACUAUCUGAUGUGACUCUUGAGACUUGACUUUUCUCUACUCUACAGCACCUGCGUGAACGGCGGGUUUGCUCUGCUUGCCUUUCCUCUCUUAACUCUCUACUUUAAGGCUCAGAUUGAAACUGGUAAACUGAAUAGAACUUUGUAAAACAAACAUGUAAAUGGAGGGAAGUUACACAUGGAUCGCCUCUCCAUCUGAACAUCUUGAUCUCCUGGAGGGAUGGCGUUCUUCUUACCAUGGAAACGUGGCAAUCUGUUAUUUAUGCCGGGCUUAGCAUUUGGUUUUGUGCAGCCUGCUGGGGUUGCGAUGGCUUGAAUGAACUACUUGAUCUUGUAGAGUUUGUUGGGCGGAUCCCGGAUGAACGCAGAGGAGUUGUAUAUGCGUAAAUAUUGCACAGGAAUUACAUUUGAGGCAUGAUAUUUUAUAUUUUUGGUGAAUAAUCUUUUUGUUUACCCUUUUCCCUCUUUGUUACUAUAGGAUUAUUUCAAAGGCAGAGUGAAAUUUCCAAUAGAUUUGUUCAAUUUAAACUCCCAUGAAUAGUGAUUUUAUUCAUCAAUGAGGCAAAACACCCUCUCAUUACCACAUCAGACUCUUUUAACCUCUUGAUCUGAUUGCUUUUACUCAUUUGUAAAACUGUAUAUUGUUAACAGAUCAGAGCGAUACUUCCACUAGCUAGCUUAAUGGAUGUUAUUGGUUGCAGUGAAGUAUGUGUUCAAUUGUGUACUUAAAUGCAGAAGACUUUGACGCUGAUGACCGGACAGCAUGUACUAGUCUUGGAGGGGAGGGUUUGUGAAAUAGCCUCUCUGCGUCUCAGAUGUAGUAAUCUAGAGAAAUCCAGUCACUUUACACUCUUUACACCAGGCCUCCUCUACACUGAAUGAGGCCAUCUGUGGUGCGGAGAUGUAUGUAAGGCACAUUAACGCCAUAUGAGGAGGGCGAUUGAGAACAGCUGAUGAGUAAUUGUGACAUGGUCAUCGACCCCCUUUGAAGAAACAUUGGAAUAAAUAUGAUGAACAGGUUUUUUUUUUUUGGGGGGGGGGGGUGUUAGACAGUCUUCCACAGGGUGAAUAAUACUUAAUGUUUUGAGGUUUAUGGGGUUUCCUGAUUGUGGGUGUUAUCAUGUUCAUUAUUCUGUUGUCACGUAGAGGUCAUUUGGUCUGUUACUUUUUUACCAUUAGCUCGAGGAUUCAUAUUUUGAGUGGUAAGACCUCUGAAUGGAGACUUUGCUUUUCUCAGCUGAGAGGUUAACUUUAAAAGUAUUGCAAUGUGUUUCCUUUACAGGACAGUCUCCUAACGGUUCUUUCCAACUGAAAACAUGAGAAAUGCCAUGUGUGUCUGUGUGAGUCAAAGGCAAAAGUCAUUUUUACAGUUAAAAGUUAUGGUUUGUGUCGGUGUAGUGCAUUGUGGAGCGGAGGGAGGUAUUGUCAGAGUAUUUUGACAAUCUUUUAAGCUCUCUAAGUUAGCUUUUGCCCUUUAACAUAUGUGGUGCCAUACCUGAAUAUCAAUAUUUACUAUACUAACCUGGGGCUUAGCUAACUCCAAAGGUGGUGUGUUGUUUGGUUUUUUUCUUUGUUUUUUUUUCUUUCUCGAAGUAUUAUUAUAUAUACACAGUAUAAAUACCAUAGCAAGUUCCGUAAUUAUUCAGUGCUAAGGGUAUUGACCCGCUUGAUCCUGUGUUUUGACAGUUGGCUCAGUAUGAAUGAGUUGGGAAUGUUCUUUAGGUCAGUAUGAUUUGCAUAUAUUCACAUCCCCAAACACAGACAAUCUGCCUUCAUUCUGCUAAAGAACAAUUAAGUAUUUAUUUAUUAAAGUGUAAAUAUGUAUCACAUUUCAAAAUGGCUUUGUCUUUUGUUUGUCCAUGAUGCUGUUCCUAUGCCUAAAUCUUUUGUAUGUCUGAAAAAUUGUUUUUAUAUGUAUUUUUUACAAUAAAUAUGCUUAAGUGUGA